GGUUCAAACUUAGGUGUUUUGAACCCUAAGAGUCCAAAACACCUCCCUUCUGUUUUUUUUUUCACGUUUGAAGAGCGUUUUAGAAAUCGCCAUUUCUAUUUUACGAAUAAUGCCGGCCGCGGGAUCAUCCCCGCGAUCCGCGUUUCCUGGGUCGCGUUUAGUCCCGAAUUACUCUGUUGCCCCUUCCCGGAUUCGACAUUGCUUCUUCCAUCUUCCUUCUUUCGUGAUUCGGGACUAAAGGAAGCUCGCAGUGUCGCUCCCUGCAUCUUCGACGUUCUUUCUGCUUCGUCCUUCUUCCUUCUUCGGCACUCCUUCUUCGUUCGCGAUUCGCGCAUUGGACAUUGCUUCUUCCUUCUUCCUUCUUCGACACUGCUUCUUCUACUUCUUCUCUUCCAGAUUAGUAGGCCGUUUAUAGGCACUUUCCCUGUCCCUCUUGGCGAUCAGCUUGGAUGGCCCUUCUCUUUAAGGGCAACCGGUGCUUUAACAGUGGAUCAAAUGGUGGUAUGUUACCGCAGCAGUUGGAGUGUGCCGUUGAAAUGGAUGCUUUUUAUCACUUUGCAGUUUGGGUGUGCCGUUGAAAUGGAUGCUGGUAUGUAUGGGGUAGAUUCUUCAAGUUUACUUUGCUUUCUGCUGUUGGCUCUUAGGCAUUUGUUGUUCUGCACCAUCUGAGGCUUGACUUUUUAAUUCCCUCAUUUCUUGCAUCGAUUUUGCAGUACCUGCUAGAAGUUUGAGGAUUAUUGUAGUUGAAAUGAUGGAGGGAUUCUGAUUGUUUUGGAUCAAGAUAAGGCCUUCCAUGAGGCAUAUUAGUGUGUUAAGGUGUAUUUCACUUUUGUUUAAGUAACUGUGCUUCUGUGAUGUCAUUUGAAAUAUUUAAUUGAUAUAAAUAUUUGUUAUUUUUCAUGUUCUUCAAUCUUCACUUUUA